UAAAUCCAUUUUAGAAUUCCAACAAACAAACACUUGGAAAGGCAAAAGCAGUUAUCAAACGAGAAAUAAAAAUCAUGGAAUCAUCGCAUACCUUGGUUAGCAACAGUGAUUCUGAUAGUAAUUAUGCUACCAUCUUAUCAGCCCCGCCGAAGCGCCGGGCGGGGAGGACGAAGUUUAGGGAAACUCGGCAUCCGAUCUAUAAAGGCGUGCGACGUAGAGGGAGAGGUGAGGGACGGUGGGUGUGUGAGGUGAGAGAACCGAAGAAGAAAUCGAGGAUCUGGCUUGGUACAUACGCGACGGCGGAGAUGGCGGCGAGAGCUCACGAUGUUGCUGCGAUUGCGUUGCGUGGCCGAUCUGCUUGCCUGAACUUCGCUGAUUCGGCGUGGCGGUUGCCUGUCCCGGACUCAGCUUCUCCGAAGGCGAUCCGCGCGGCGGCGGCGAUGGCUGCGGAGGCGUUUGGGCCGGGGAAGGGGUUGGGAUUGAAGGAGGUCGCGGUGGCAUCAUCUCCGAGCGACGAGGGCGAAGGGGUUGUCGAGGCGGUGGCGGCGAUCGAGGAAGGGUUUGAUUUUGAAUGGUUGGAUUAUUUGGGGAUGGGAUUGCAAGAGGGUUACUAUUAUGAGAGCUUGGCUGAAGGGUUGCUUGUGGACCCACCAGUGCUGACUGGAUUGGAUGACGUGGAUUUCAGUGCUGACGUGGAUUUAUGGAGUUAUUCUGAUUGAUGCUGACGUCAGCGGAAUCAGAAUCUCCCUACCUACAACCAGUGUGUGUUUUUUUUUAUCUAUCUGGUUGAUCUUCAUAUGUAUCAUAUAUGAUAUGAUAUAUAUAUAUAUAUAUACAUACCAGUUUGUUAUUGUGAUACAAGUUUCAUGUUCAUAUAGCAUACAUAGCUUCUAGACUAUAUCUUGAAAAGGGUAGUGAAAGUGUCUUGCUUUAAAAUAUUUAAAGGAUCUUGUUUUAAUAUUGAAUUAUUAAUGGAAGU